AUCGCCUGCCGCCCUCUUUUUGCCUUCACACAGCUCACCAUUCAUCCCCCGCACCAACACACUCCAACGCACCACCUCUUCCCCUCCCCCUACGCACACACACGCACACACACACGAUGAGCCUGACAACGGAGCAGCGUGGUGCCAAGUACACCACGGACUACGCCGUCUACUUCAAGGAUGCCGAGGGCAACUACGUCUCUCCAUUCCACGACAUCCCCACCUGGGCUGAUGAGGCCAACGGCAUUGUCAACAUGGUCUGCGAGGUCCCCCGGUGGUCCAACGCCAAGAUGGAGAUCAACACUGGUGCUCCUCUCAACCCCAUCACACAGGACGUCAAGAAGGGCAAGCCCCGCUUCGUCCACAACUGCUUCCCCCACCACGGCUACAUCUGGAACUACGGCGCCGUCCCUCAGACAUGGGAGAACCCCGACGCCAAGGACGAUCACACAGGCGAGAACGGCGACAAUGACCCCAUCGACAUCUGCGAUCUCUCUGACAGCAUUGCUGAGGUUGGCGAGAUCAAGCAGGUGAAGAUCCUCGGUGUCCUUGCCAUGAUUGAUGACGGCGAGACGGACUGGAAGCUCCUCGGCAUUGACGUCAACGACCCCCGCGCCGAAUCGCUCAACGAUGUCGGUGACAUUGAGAAGGUCAUGCGCGGCUACCUUUCGGCGACUGUCGAGUGGUUCCGCAUCUACAAGAUCCCCGCCGGCAAGCCCGAGAACCGGUUUGCCUUUGAGGGCCAGGCCAAGGACAAGAACUUUGCCCUGAGCAUCAUCAGGGAGGCGCGGGCCCAGUGGCAGAAGCUCAACAGCGGCGAGGUUGUGCACCCGAAGAUUGCCCCCAGCGGCACCAUGGUUGGCGCCGCCCCCAUCUCCCAGGAGGACGCCAAGGCAACGGUUGCCGCCGCCCCGGAGGCUGCACCAGAUGCCCCCAUUGACCCCAGCGUCAACAAGUGGCACUACAUCACCCUCUAAAGCUUGCCCUCGAGCUCGCAUCAGGAAGCGUUCGCCCACCUGUUAUGAUGAUCAGCCUCUAAUCCAACCGCUGCUUUGAUGUCACGCUUCUCCAGUGGUUUCAUCGCCGUCGUCUUCCCCCCCCCCCUUAUCUCUUUCUCCCACUUUUGUUGCUGUCUGUGUGCCCGUGUGAAUAUGUGGUCACAAUUCAGCACUUGCUCCCUUCUUCUUCUUCUCUUCUUGUUUGCCUUUUACCCUUCCCUUCUUCUUUCCUCUUGCUUGAUCUGUUUUGUUUGCCAAUAGAGAAACCAAACUCGCCCUC